CCGCACUAGCGGGCAGCAGCCCCUUGUCGCUGCGGCAGCGGGUUGGCAUCACGGUGGGAGUGCUGAGGGCACUCAAGGCGGUGCAGAGCCAUGGGCGGGUGCAUGGCGACCUCAAGCCCUCCAACGUGCUGCUCACUGUUGCCUGGGAGGCGCGGGUGGGCGACUGGAGUGCGGUGCGCAUGGGUCAGUGCGUGCACGUUGACAUGGGCGGGCAGCAGGAAGGUUCCUGGACGAGCGGGAGUGGGGAAGGUGGAGGCAGCAAGGGUGGCAGCAGUGGUGAAGCUGGCAGCAGCAGUGGCAAGAGUGGCCAUAGUGGGAGUUCGAUGGAGAGCAGGAAGAGUGGCGGCAGCAGCAGCAGCAGCAGCAGUGGCAGUGGAGGGUUGAAGCAGCGGAGAGUGCUGCGGUGCACGGAGGGGCAUGUGGAUCCCGCUGUGCUGCACUCUGGCAUUGCGUCUGCCAUGUCAGACAUGUUCAG